AUGCCCCCUCCGAGGACCUGCCCGCUGCCUCGCCUUCCCCACCACUACAAGAACUUCUCAAGCCUCGAGAUCUUGAAGCUCGACGGCGUCAAUUUGACCGACACCACCUUCAGGAUCCUGGUCUCCAGUUGCAAGAUCCUGAGGACUUUGGACGUUAGGAGAUGCCCUGACCUGAAGAGGGUGGUGGUCAUCGGAUCAAAGAUUGAGACGCUGACUGUUGUCGGGUGCGACAAGGUGAAGGAGGUCGCUGUCAGGUCCAAGAUACUCAAGAAGUUCCAUUUUAAGGGGUGGUUCGCCGAGGAGUUUGCGUUCAAGGGGGUUGAGGAGCUGGAGGAUGUUUUCAUGGCGUCCAACGGGCCGGAUCUUGGGCCGCCGGCGAGUAACUGGGCCGUGGCGGUCCGUGGGCUUCCACGUGUCAGGGUUUUGACCCUAUGCAGUGCUUCCCUCCAGCAUAUAAUGACUUCAGACCCUAAUGUGAUCUGGAAAUUCGAAUCCCUGCAAUUCUUAAAAGAGCUACAACUCCGUAUGUUUUGUCUGAGCGAGGAAAACCUCAUGGACAUCUACAAUUUCUUCAAGUUAUGCUACUGUCCUAACUUGGAAAAGCUCUUCAUUCGGCUUCCGAACAAGAAGAAUGAUCCUUACAUGGAGAAUCCGUUGCAAAUAAUGAUGAGCGAGGCCCCGAUAUUGUGUGAUCUUGCAAAUUUGAAGACGAUAAAGGUUAAAAGAUUCAGCGGUGGCCGAUACGAGAUGCAGCUGGUGAACUUCCUCCUGGCGAACUGCAGGAACCUGGAGAGUUUGAUUGUGCAGGUUUCUCCUCGAGAGAUGAAUCAGAAGGAACCUGGCAAGCUCGUCUGGGACAUUAACCGUCACAUGACGCAGUGCUUCAGGGUGAGGAUUGACCUGAUGGCAAUAUCGUCCAAAAAUGUUAAGAUUCAUGUGGUGAGCAAAGAUGAUGACGCUCGCGUUCGUCCGACCCAUGAAGGCUACUUCACUGCUUCUGCCGCUGCUGGUGAUCAAUAAUCUCUUCUUUUUAGUUUGUUUAAUUUACAGGCUUUCGUUGUUAUUGAGUCCUGAAGAUCUGAUGCGAGUGCCUCUUGUUGUCGUCGUUGCU